CACCACCCACUCUUCAAGCAAAAGCUUCUUUCUUUCUGAUAGAGUUUUAUAAUGAAAAUGCAAUUGCAUGAAACUUGAAAAGAAAAGAAGAAUUUUAGAUUCCUUUAAAAAAAAAAAAAGAAUUUUAGAUAAUUAAGUAAUUUUGAUAAAAAGAAGAAAGAAAAAAAAAAGUUGCAUCAACAGUUGCAAAACGGUUAAUCUGAUAAUUGAGACACGUCAUUUUGCAAUCUUUUUAUUCAAAAAUCUACAUUAUUCUCCUCAAGCAAGAACCAACAUGUACGACAAACCCAUGUAUCCCCCAACAGUUUCUGGAAAAGACGUUCAAAGGGAGUUAUCAUUUGCAGCACCAUCUGCACCGCCAUAUCCACCACCACCAUCACAAUGUUCAAAUAUGGGAGAACCCAUCAUAGACACCGGCAUCGCCUCCAAUUUCCCUCCAACCUCCGCUACUCCUAACGUUCCCCGCACUCCGGUGGCUUGGUCCACCGGUCUUUGGGAUUGUUUCAACGAUAUUAACAGUUGUUGUUUGACAUGGUGGUGCCCUUGCAUCACAUUUGGAAGAAUUGCAGAAAUAGUUGAUAGAGGAUCAACCUCGUGUGGAGUAAGUGGAGCAAUGUAUAUAUUGAUAAUGUGGUUGACGGGUUGCUCAUGUAUAUACUCAUGUUUCUAUCGAGCAAAAUUGAGGGGGCAAUAUUUCUUGGAAGAAAAGCCAUGCCCAGAUUGUUGUGUUCAUUAUUGUUGUGAAGGAUGUGCUUUGUGUCAAGAGUAUAGAGAGCUCACCAACCGUGGCUUUGACAUGUCUAUAGGGUGGCAUGGGAACAUGGAAAGGCAGAGAAGAUUACUUGCAAUGGCCCCAAUAGUUGAGGGAGGCAUGACUAGAUAGAGCUGUUGCCUUCCUUCCUAAUUUUGUCACUUUUGAAAAAAAAAAAAAAAAA